AACGUGUGGUGACCAUGCAAUCAUAUAUGACUAAAAUGACUUUCUCCCCGGUGGCACUUGUCUUUCUCCCCUCUCAGAUCAGUGCAUUUCAAAAGCAGCCUCUGUAAUACUAGACGAUGAGCCGCUCUCAAUUGAAAAUACUCUCCCAAUUGGCAUCGUCGCCUAACGAUGUGGCGUCGGGUCUUGCCCAAUGCAUAGAGGCCUUGCGUCUCGUUUCCUUCCCUGCCGAGAUCAUCGCCCAUCAUGGUCGAGUACUCGGGUUUGAAGGGUUCCAUAAUCAAGGCUUUCGGAAGGGAGCAUCUCUCACGUGUGCCGUUCAGGACUGUGGUCGGGCUUCUCAAAGCCUCCAUGGAGCUCCCUGAAGACUCGCGCAUCAUGCAUGCUGCAUUCUACCGCGAAGAUGGGACAGUUGAUCCCACAAAGGUGCUCAUCGACGAGGACUCGUGGAAAGAGCUUGUACCAUAUGUGCAUACAUUGCACAUCGAGGACGAUCGUCAAGCGCAUUCGGUAUUUGCCACACAAGCCCUGUCAUCAGCAACUUCCCAGAGCGCAAGGGCAUCCCCCUCCUUAAGUCCAACGUUGACUUCCCCAACACGGAGCCUGAAUGGCAACGCAAACACUUUCAUCCCCACCAAAACUACAGUGACGUUGAAAUCGCAGGAUGGAACAAAGGUCAACCUACAAGCUCUCAGAAAGGGGAGAAUCUCCCCCGCAUCCAUCCAACCGGUAUCGUCAUUGGUAGGUCUAGCAGAUACGUAAUAUUACAAUAUUGGGUUGAGUUGUAUGUACAUGACAAAAAUUCGCAGAUUAUUUGUGGUUGUAGUGUAUGACACAAUGUGCAUGGGAUCAGAACAAGAUGAGAGAUAUGGUAUAUACGAGAAAGGUUUAUACAUGCUAGCGAAAGGAUCAAAAAAUCACGGAGUACCAAGGUAUUCAAGAAGGGGUAGUGCAGUUUCUAGUUUUG